AUGUUUGCGCCUGAAGACUCCAGACAACGACGUUCCAAAAUAAAUGUGGAUAGAAUACGCAUCAAGGUUAUUUGUUCCGAAAUUUUUGAAUUUAAAUUUAAUUUUUUUUCAGGAAGUAGCAGCGAAUUCGUCUUCCGUCGAUUACCCCGCUUAUUUACAGUUAUAUGAAAUCCCUCCUGGAAAUGAUAUUACUCUGGCAGAGUUUGACGAAAUCGCCGUAGAGCGCCUGAGAACAUUGAAGGUUUAUUCAGCGACAUUGUUGAAAUAUUGUUUAAAAACUUGUUCCAGGCGCUGGAAAAUUGCAAAGAUGGCUAUAAACUGAAUGACGAUGAUUUUAAAAAAGUAUUCCGCGAACAGAUUCGAAAGUUUGGUUCGAAAUUAAUAGGUCGGUUGGGUCGAAAUUUCAUUCGGUAUCUCUUAAUUUUAGUCAAUUGCCAAGAAAAGAAAACUGAGACGGAGAGAGCUGAUGCGUGGCGUCGCGACACCAUAGGGCAUUUCAUUCUUCGAUUGGCUUUUUGCCGGACAGUUGAGAAUGUGAAGUGGCUGGUCAACCAAGAACUCGAUCUUUUCAAGUGAGGUUCAGAGCGUCUUUUCGUUUUAUCAAAUGUAGAAGAAUGUUUUUUUUAAUGAGAAGAUUAAAAUUCAUGAAAGUAAAAUGGUGAUGUCACGGCUAAGCUCAUGAAGCUCUAUUUAAGGCUCCGUUUCAUGAAUGAAAGUGAAGAAGUCGUGCUUCGUGCUCUAAGAAAUACACAGUUUGAGCUGGAAAAGGUUUCCGAUUCGGAACGAGAACACCUUGUCAACAAACUUGCUUCUGGCAGCGGGAUGUCUUUGGACGUUGUUCGUAUAACUUCAUUCUGGAAGGUGACGCUUUAAAAAAAAAUUUUCGAAGCGUUUUUGAAUUUCAAUGUGGUUUUUUUUCAGGUUGGCUUCACAGAAGCUCUGGAUUUGAUCCGUAAAAGGCAGGUGUACCUGCAAGAGGGAAUGGCCUAUGUGCCCUAUGAAGACCUCGUCGUGAUCAUCUGCAGCCAUUUACGCACGCAAAUGACACAAGCCAUGGCUAGAGCCUAUAAAAAUCUUGGAAUGUUGGAAGAAGAGAAUCGUCUUCUUCCACGCCUGAAAAGCUUGUCCAACAACGCCUACGAUGGAAAGCAAUACACGGGAAACGAAAACGAGAAUCUUGUCACUCGCAAGAUGCUCGACAAGGUUGGAAAGGAAAUAAACCUAAUCAAUGAUCGAACUAGAAAAUGAAAUCGAAAACUUUCUUGACCUUCAGCCUCGUUUAAUGCAGUCUAGCUUCACUGAUCAAUCGAUGUAGCUAGAACGAUUUUCUAAAGCCAUUUUGAUAAUUUUUAAAGUUUUCCGACUCUAGAAUAUAGAUAUUUAGUUUAUUUAAAUUCAAUUUUUCGUUGUUUUUCAGCUUGCUAGCACAUCCUUCCCACUAUGCAUGAAGCAUAUACACACUAGUCUUCGGAGCAAUCAUCAUUUGAAAUACGGCGGCCGAAGGUUUGAACCUUUUGAAAUGAAAAAAAAAACUUUAAUUUCCUGACUGGUUCCUUUGUUAUCUUUGCAAAUUUUUGUCAUUUAGACAGUAUGGACUAUUUUUGAAAGCGAUCGGCUUGUCUUUGGACGAAGCGAUGAUGCUUAUGCGGGAGGAGUUCACCAAGAAGAUGCCUUCAGAUAAGGUCUGAAGCCUGUCGUAGAAUCAUGUUUAUAAGGAAAUUUUAGUUUGAUAAGGAGUACGCCUAUAACAUCCGAUACAUGUACGGAAAGGAAGGUCGCCGAGUAGCCCAAGUAGACCAAACCUUGAACUCCUUUUUCAGUUUUGAAAUGUUGUUCAGAACGCGUUUUCUUGCUCCGCAAUCAUUCUGCGCAAUCCCCCCUCUACUGUCGACUGCCACGGUUUUGUUGAAAAUAUGAUUUUUAGACAUAAAGCAGACUUUUCCGAGAUGAACUUAUAUUUAACAAGUGCUUUCAAGGAUGUCCAUACCGACAUACUGAGCCGCAAAUAUUAGCACAACGAUUACAAAAAGAAGGAUUGACGAGAGACCAAGUGGAAAAGGUUGGUGGAUGGGUCGAGGUUGAAAAUGUUCAGUUAUUUGUUGUAGAUCGUCAACUUGUCUUCACAACAUAGUUACGACAAGGCGUGCUCACGUUUCUUCGAGUACACUCACAAAAUGGAGGAAGGAGCUCUCGGACAGCUUAUCACUCAUCCCAACUUUUACUUCGAAGAAUCUCAAAAGGUUUCCUUUUCCCCUAUAUAAGGCGCUGCAAAAAGAUUCGUAAAACUAGUUUCAUAUCUCUCAGCCAGGUUUUCAAUAAAUUCCAUCGAACGAAAGUUGCUAGAGCUGGUUCACUGCUCGCUCGAGGAAUCGAAAAAAGGGUCCUGACACGAUGGUAGUCAAGUAAUAUUCAAACAAAUAGUUUUUGAAAAUGACAGCAUGAUUGCACUGUUUUUUUUUGAAUUAGAGAUUGGAAAAGAAACUGAAUAUAUAGGGCCCGCUGAACCUUUUUAAAGAGGAAAAAAAUUCAAUUUUGAAAAAGGAAUGAAUGAAGGCUUCACACCAUUUCGCGCUUUUUCAAACUAAGGAAAAAGCACACAAAGCAAACUUUCGAUUUAAGAAAAAGUUGAAUGAAUUUUUUUUUCCGAUUUCUGUAUUUUGAGAACGAACAAUCAAAACAUAAUUUUCUUUGCUUGCAAUAAAAUGCUCUUGGUACUAUCAUCCUAGAAAAAAUUUCAGCUCUUAUAAGCAUUUCUGUGACGUCGCUUGUUUUCUAAGAAAAUAUAGCGCUUUCUUGAUACCACACCCUGAGGAAUUUGAAUGUUUCACGCGCUCUGUUACAGGUUCUAACUGGGAAAAGAGCCACGACAGCCGACUUCGUAGAGUCGCACGUCGCUUCUGCGGAGUCUCAAUCCAGCUUGAUGUCCCGAAAAUCAUCGUGUCCGUCUCGAGAGCCUACGGACAUUGAUGGCGACAUGGAACUCGAUGAUUGA